GCUGCUUCUCCCCGACAGACGGAGGGAGCUGCGGGACCGGCGCCUAGCGGAGCUGGAGCAGGAGCCACCCCGCGGCAGCAACGGGAGCCCCCGGCGGGCAAGAGGUGCAGAGAGAGUGGCGGCCGCGGGCCCUAGAGCCCGGGGUUCGUGGGCGGCGAGGGCGCGGGGGGUCGCGCGCCAUGCUCCCAGCCCCGACGGCGCGGACGCCCCCUCAGGCGCAGGCAGCCGGUGAGGCCUGCGAGCCAGGGUUGGGCUUCGCCCCCCGACGGCUACGCUAGGGGGCGCGGGGCCCGGCGGGGGGCAGCCGAGGCAGGCGCCCUCCUCCGGCGCUGAGUCCCCGCGCCCCGGAGGGAUGGGGCGGGCGGCCCCCGCCACCUAAGAUGCCGGCCAUGCGGGGGCUCCUGGCGCCGCAGAACACCUUCCUGGACACGAUCGCCACGCGCUUCGACGGCACGCACAGUAACUUCGUACUGGGCAAUGCCCAGGUGGCGGGGCUCUUCCCUGUGGUCUACUGCUCUGAUGGCUUCUGUGACCUCACCGGCUUCUCCAGGGCUGAGGUCAUGCAGCGGGGCUGUGCCUGUUCCUUCCUCUAUGGGCCAGAUACCAGUGAGCUGGUCCGACAACAGAUCCGCAAGGCCUUGGAUGAGCACAAGGAGUUCAAGGCUGAGCUGAUCUUGUACAGGAAGAGUGGGCUCCCAUUCUGGUGUCUCCUGGAUGUGAUACCUAUAAAGAAUGAGAAGGGGGAGGUGGCCCUCUUCCUGGUCUCUCACAAGGACAUCAGUGACACCAAGAAUCGAGGGGGCCCCGACAGCUGGAAGGAGAGAGGUGGUGGCCGGCGCCGGUAUGGUCGGGCUAGAACCAAAGGCUUUAACGCCAACCGACGGCGUAGCCGAGCUGUGCUCUACCACCUCUCUGGCCACUUGCAGAAACAGCCCAAGGGCAAGCACAAGCUCAAUAAGGGAGUGUUUGGAGAGAAGCCAAACCUGCCUGAAUAUAAAGUCGCUGCCAUCCGGAAGUCACCCUUCAUUCUGCUGCACUGUGGGGCUCUGAGAGCCACCUGGGAUGGCUUCAUCCUGCUUGCCACACUCUAUGUGGCUGUCACUGUGCCAUACAGUGUGUGUGUGAGCACAGCACGGGAGCCUAGUGCCGCCCGUGGCCCACCCAGUGUCUGUGACCUGGCUGUGGAGGUCCUCUUCAUCCUUGAUAUUGUGCUGAAUUUCCGCACCACAUUUGUGUCCAAGUCAGGCCAAGUGGUAUUCGCCCCAAAGUCCAUUUGCCUCCACUACGUCACCACCUGGUUCCUGCUGGAUGUCAUAGCAGCUCUGCCCUUUGACUUACUACACGCCUUCAAGGUCAACGUGUACUUUGGGGCACACCUGCUGAAGACCGUGCGCCUGCUGCGCCUGCUGCGAUUGCUACCGAGGCUGGACCGAUACUCCCAGUACAGUGCUGUUGUGCUCACCCUGCUCAUGGCUGUGUUCGCUCUGCUCGCUCACUGGGUGGCCUGCGUCUGGUUCUACAUCGGCCAACAGGAGAUUGAGAGCAGCGAAUCGGAGCUGCCUGAGAUUGGCUGGCUGCAGGAGCUGGCCCGCCGGUUGGAGACUCCCUACUAUCUGGUGAGCCGGAGCCCGGCUGGAGGGAACAGUUCUGACCAAAGUGGCAACUGCAGCAGCGGCAACAGCAACGAGACCAACAGGACUGGACUCGAGCUUCUGGGUGGCCCGUCGCUGCGCAGCGCCUACAUCACCUCCCUCUACUUUGCACUCAGCAGUCUCACCAGCGUGGGCUUUGGCAAUGUGUCAGCUAACACGGACACCGAGAAGAUCUUCUCCAUCUGCACCAUGCUCAUUGGAGCCCUGAUGCACGCAGUGGUGUUUGGGAAUGUGACAGCCAUCAUCCAACGCAUGUAUGCCCGCCGCUUUCUGUACCACAGCCGCACUCGUGACCUGAGAGACUACAUCCGCAUCCACCGCAUCCCCAAGCCCCUCAAGCAGCGCAUGCUUGAGUACUUCCAAGCCACCUGGGCUGUCAACAAUGGCAUCGACACCACUGAGUUGUUGCAGAGCCUCCCAGAUGAACUUCGGGCUGACAUCGCCAUGCACCUGCACAAGGAGGUCCUGCAGCUGCCACUGUUUGAAGCUGCCAGCCGAGGCUGCUUGCGGGCACUAUCCCUGGCCCUGAGGCCCGCCUUCUGCACACCUGGGGAGUACCUCAUCCACCAAGGCGAUGCUCUCCAGGCCCUCUACUUUGUCUGCUCAGGUUCCAUGGAAGUGCUCAAGGGGGGCACCGUCCUUGCCAUUCUAGGGAAGGGUGAUCUUAUUGGCUGUGAGCUGCCCCAGCGGGAGCAGGUGGUAAAAGCUAAUGCUGAUGUCAAGGGGUUGACAUACUGCGUCCUACAGUGUCUGCAGCUGGCUGGGCUGCAUGAGAGCCUUGCACUGUACCCUGAGUUUGCUCCACGCUUCAGCCGUGGCCUCCGAGGGGAACUCAGUUACAACCUGGGUGCUGGGGGAGGCACUGCAGAGGUGGACACCAGCUCUCUGAGUGGUGACAACACCCUCAUGUCCACACUGGAGGAGAAGGGGACAGAUGGGGAACAGGGGCCCACAGCCUCACCAGCCCCAGCCGAUGAGCCCUCCAGUCCCCUGCUGUCACCUGGCUGCACCUCCUCGUCCUCAGCUGCCAAACUGCUAUCCCCACGUCGAACUGCACCCCGGCCACGUCUAGGUGGCAGAGGGCGGCCAAGCAGGGCAGGGGCUUUGAAGCCUGAAGUUGGCCCAUCUGCUCACCCACGGAGCCUAGAGGGGCUGCGGCUGCCCCCCAUGCCAUGGAAUGUGCCCCCGGACUUGAGUCCCAGGGUUGUAGAUGGCAUCGAGGAUGGCUGUACUUCUGACCAGCCCAAGUUCUCUUUCCAAGUGGGCCAAUCUGGCCCAGAAUGUAGCAGCAGCCCUUCCCCUGGAUCAGAGAGUGGCCUGCUCACUGUCCCCCUUGGGCCCAGUGAGGCGAGGAGCACAGAUACACUGGACAAGCUGCGGCAGGCGGUGAUGGAGCUGUCGGAACAGGUGCUGCAGAUGCGAGAGGGACUGCAGUCACUUCGACAGGCUGUGCAGCUCAUCCUGGUACCCCAUGGGGAGGGCCCAUGCCCACGGGUGUCGGGAGAGGGACCGUGCCCAACCAGUGCUUCUGGGCUCCUACAGCCUUUGCGUGUGGACACUGGAGCAUCCUCCUACUGCCUGCAACCCCCAGCAGGCUCUGUCUUGAGUGGGACCUGGCCCCACCCUUGUCCAGGGGCCCCUCCCCUCAUGGCACCCUGGCCUUGGGGUCCCCCAGCAUCUCAGAGCUCCCCUUGGCCUCGAGCUACAACUUUAUGGACUUCCACCUCAGACUCAGAACCCCCUGGCUCUGGAGACCUCUGUUCUGAGCCCAGCACCCCAGCCUCACCUCCUCCUCCUGAGGAAGGAGCUAGGACUGGGCCCCCAGAGCCUGUGAGCCAGGCUGAGGCUACCAGCACUGGAGAGCCCCCUCCAGGGUCAGGCAGCCGUGCCUUGCCCUGGGAUCCCCACAGCCUAGAGAUGGUGCUCAUUGGCUGUCACGGCCCUGGCACAGUCCAAUGGACCCAGGAAGAAGGCACAGGGGUCUAACAGCUGGCUGGAGCUCAGUACUGCAAACAUAUGCCACCCGCUGCUCUGCCCAACCUCACUACACUGGCUCAGGGAGGGAGCCUAAGAAAGGAGGACUUAGAGGGCGAGCUGGAGCCUCAGGCAGGCCCCAGGCUAGGGUUCCACAGGUUCUGCUCUGCUGACUUCCUUGUCCCCCCAACCGCCCACCUGCUGGAAGGGGAAUGGAGGCCUCAGGACAAGGAGGGGUCCUGCCAUCCCUUGCAUGUGCCCAUCUCCACCUGUCCUCACGUUUUUUUUAUAUUAAAAAAAAAAAACACACAAAAAAUAAAAGAAAGUACU